AUGUUGCUAUCAUUAAAUGAGAACAUUUUUUUAAAAAAUUAUUUUAAUUUACAAAAUAUUAUUAUACCAAUGUUUUUUUCGCCUUUUUAUUUUCUAAGACCUCGUAAGAAAACACAAAGAGUUGACCGUUGUAGGACAAAAAAACAAUAUAAAAAUAGAAGACAUUUCAAGGGGUUUUAUUAUAGGUGGAUGGGAUCAUAUUAA